AUGCCCAUGGACCAGUCUAUCUCAUCGCCAUUGUUUCCAAUGGAAAAGGAUAUUGAUAUUCCCCUUGGUGCUACACCUCUGGCACAAAGCUCAUCAUUGCAGUUAUUUAUUCAUUUAGCGGAGCCAGUUGUUUUCCUUCAAGGGUUUGACCCUCAAAGGACGGAGUAUCCCUCAGUUGUUCUUCGGGGUUGUCUAGUGGUUAGGAUACUGAAACCCACAAAGCUCAAAAGCAUCAAUCUCUCAUUUAAAGGUUAUUCCAGGACUGAAUGGCCUGAGGGUAUUCCGCCUAAAAGACAAGAAUUUGUGGAGAUCAAAGAUAUUGUAGACCAUACAUGGGCUCUAUACCCGCCAACUGAGCAGAAGGGCAAGAAGAAGAUGAGUGCUUUCGCAUCUUAUGAUAGCAAUAAUGCAACUAGUAAUUUUUUGAUGAAAGAAAGCGGUGCCUCUCUUUAUCGAACGCUAUCUGAGAAUGACACCCCAACAAGCAGAAAAAACUCCAUAUCAGGCUUAUCUUCUUUGAACUUAUCGCCUUUAGGUACACCCGGAAACUCCUCAGUCAAUGUGAGAGAUAGAGAAAGUAGACAGAGAUCUAGAUCUUCGUCGGCGACUUCCUCGACUGCCCCUUCAAGAAACCUAUCCCCGAUAAAUUUGCUGAAAAGAGCCACGUCUCCCUCCGUUUCGCAUCACAACUACAAGCCUACUACCACUUCUAUCUUGUCUGACUUGUUGAAUAACACCUUUACUCAUAAUGACCCAGUUUAUCACCACAACCAUCAUACACCCACCAAUAGCAGUCAUAUGGCAAUAACAAGCAAUAACUUCACCAGCGGGUCUGGUGGAGACUUUUUCGUCUUUCAACCAGGCGAUUAUAUUUAUGCUUUUGAAGAGUUGAUUCCUCAAGAAUAUCCUGAAUCCGUUAAGGCUGAUUUUGGGUUUGUAGAAUAUUUCUUAUAUGCUAAUAUAGAAAGAUCUGGUGCUUUUAAAUCAAAUAUUAGUGGCCGUGAAGUGGUUAAAAUUGUGCGGACACAGGCUCAUAAUUCUGUGGAAGAAAGUGAACCAAUUAUCAUAUCCAGAGAUUGGGAAAAUCAAUUAUACUAUGAUAUCGUUAUAGCUUCCAAAGACAUUAUUCUAGAUGCUUUUCUACCUAUCACAUUCAAAUUCGCCCCUCUUGAUAAAGUCACGCUGCAUAGAAUUAGAAUUUACGUGACAGAGACAAUGGAAUACUACUGCAGGGAUAAGAAAGUUCAUAGAAUGGAGCCCACUAAGAAGUUUUUGUUGACAGAACAAAAAGGUCCUAAAUUACCGAACUUGCCCAAUGAUGCAAAUUUAUCAAAAGCAAAAAACAUGGGAAAUUUGUUGCAGGAUUCAAAAAAUGGAGACUUGGUUAAUAAAGAGUACGAAUACCAAAUUUUCAUUCCGAGCCGUUUCAAUAACCAUCAACAACUACAUCCAGAUACUUCAUAUGAAAACAUCAAAGCGAAUCAUUGGAUUAAAAUCUGUUUAAGACUGUCCAGGGUGGUAGAUAAUAAAAGAAAGCAUUACGAGAUUAGUAUCGAUUCUCCAAUACAUGUGUUGCAUAGAUUAUGUUCUCAUGCAAAUACUCUUCUGCCAAGCUAUGAUGGCCAUACUACGAUUUUUUCCAAAGAAACAGACUCUUCUAUUUCUUCAAUAUUGGAGUCAUCAGGAGAUAACGUAGACCUAUAUCAUAAUUCUAACAUAUUCUUUCCUAAAGAAGUUCUUUCUUCACCAGUACUUUCACCCAACGUUCAACCUUUGGACAUUUUAAUACCACACUUGCCUUCCACCUCAUUGAACAGAAGCUCCAGACAAUUUAGUAGGAGCUCAAAAUCCCAUUCGAAUGAUAACGCUAUUUUCAACUCCGCUAAAUUAAAAUCCAAUAUAUAUCAACCAGAGACUCUGCAAAGAGAAUUGGCAUCACCACAAGCUAUCCCACUUUCACCAAUAACUUCACCAAUGUCAAACAUGGAAAUACCUCCACCAGAUUUCGACUUUUCUUCUGACCUAGUAUCUGAUGCCGCAUCUGGAACUACUACCACUGAAUUAUCGUCGUCUGAGUCGAAUACCCUACCAAAGGAUCCACCCUCUUAUACGGAAACUGUAUUGCACGACAACAAUCAAAAAAGGAGACCUAAUUCCAGACACCCGACAUCUCCAAUUCUAAAGGCUUCUCACUCCAGUAAACAUUUGGAUAAUAAUCUUCCAGAAAGUGUCAACAAAAACGAAUCAACGCCAAGGAUAGAAGAAAAUAUAUAUAGAAAGGAUUCCACUCCCAAGAAGAGGGAGAAUAGAGAAGUAAAAAGUUUUUCAACCUCACAAUACGUGGAAGGGAAGGAUUCCACACCUAACAGGAAUCAGAGUAACGAAAAGAACAGAAAAAGAGUAUUGAGUUUGUCGACUCCGAUACACAGCUCACCAAAUAAUAAUGGGUUUGCUCAUUCAGGUUUAGGAAACCUAAGCAAUGAUUCAUUACGAUCAUUAGGUAAAAGAGAAGGUGUCCAGGACAAUUUACCGUCCACAGUAAGACACGACAACCCUUUUUUCACCGAUUUGAAUCAGAUUCUGAUAGAGGACGAACUCAAAAAUAAUAAUAAAAACGAACUAAGUCGAAAUCAUACAAAUACUUCGAGCACUCCUGCCUCGGCUAGAUCAUCUUUUGAUUAUUCAGGUGUAAAUAUAAGCAAGGACAAAUUAACCAUGGAACCAUUGCUGAGUAAAACAGAGACGUUAACUAAUAAAGUAAAUGACGAAUCUUUUCUGAGGCCAAAUGAUUCCUACGUCGACCUACUCGAACCAUCAGUGGAUACUACAAUUGACAUUACGGCACCGUACGCUAGGAAUUCCUCUGCAUGGCAUCCUUCACAGAAUGAUAAUGAUAACAACCAAAUUUCUCCACUUUUGAGAGGUAACGAGAUUUUUCUAAAUGGAAUCAAUGCACACAAUUCUGUUGAAUCAGAUCAUAUGAAUGAUAUUACCACACAGGGCUCAGGGUUAACAGAAAGCUCUAAAAAUUCGGACUCUGAAGAAAGAUUCAUUUCAAGGCUUUCUUCACCAGAGAAAUUAUUGAUCAAUACCUUGGAUAACGAAUCUGGGCUACAAAGUAUAAAUGAAAGUACACUUUAA